AGUGCUUCUUUCUCUUUGUAGAGAGAAAAGAGUGACAGGCGAAGAGAGAGAGAGAGAUGAGUGGAGCUGUAGCAUCAGCGUCGUUCCUAGCUCGGAGAGCAGCGCAGAAGGAGAGAGUGCGGAUUCUCUACCGCCGCGCCUUGAAAGACACUCUCACAUGGGCCGUCCAUCGCCACCUCUUCUAUCCUGAUGCCGAUGCUCUCAGGGAGAGGUUCGAUGCUAACAAACACGUGGAAGAUGUUGAAACAAUUGAUAGAAUGAUAGCCGAUGGUGAAGCUACUUAUAAUAAGUGGCGGCAUCCUGAUCCUUAUAUUGUUCCAUGGGCUCCUGGUGGUAGCAAGUUUAACCGAAAUCCAGUGCCGCCUGCUGGGAUUGAGAUAAUAUAUAACUAUGGCAAGGAAGACAAUGAUUAAGGUUGAUCCUUUCUCGAGGAAAUGAUUUAAGAUUUGAGGAGGUACCCGUGCACUGGAAGAAAAUUCUGAUCCAUGUUUAGUGUUUUUCCCCUUUCCCCAGUGAAGUUAUAUUUCUACUUUCACAAAUUAAUAAAAUCAGAGUUGAUACUUAACUGGUUUGCUGUUGAGGCAGCUUUUGCACUUGUGGUUUAACUAGAUUUUCUUUCCUUGGUAGUCAUUGGUUUAAACCUAAAAAGGUUCCUUGAAUGAUAUUUGGCAAGCAGCCUUUAAAUUUGUAAAGAAUCAUUUUGGAACAUAUAUGUGCUGUUGGCUGUUGCUUUCCUUAUUCUUGUAUGCAUAAUAAGUGACAAUUUGGAAAAUUUCCCCA